AGUGCCCCAUUGCCGAACGAAGGUUUCUUGGACACAGUUGGGGCAGAGUUGGGCUUGCCUGCUUUACCAGAUCUUGAUGGUUUUUUUGCUACUAACUUGGUGCUCCUUGGCCACUGACUCUCUGCAGCCUUUGCCCCACUCUGGUGCCAACAGUCACGCCAGAAGUGCUCCUGCUUUCCUCAGUGAAAACAAGAAGCACGCACAGAGCAAGAGGAAGGGCAUCAUGACAAGAAAUCUUGCACCAAAGAGGAAGUCGCCGGGACAAGAUAUUUUUGCCCUGACGCGCUUCCGAUCCCACCCAGCACCCAGCGUGGGUGAUCAGCCCUUGAGUAUUUCUUAAAUUUGAAUGGUUUACAUUUAAAAAAAACUGUUGCUUUCAAACAGGAGUGACUCCCAAAUGCCACUUUGUCCUACUUUCGUGGUUUUGGAAAACAGAAUCAUGUUGCAUUGUUACGAGUGUGCAGCUCAAGGUAGUAUUGUGUGAUGGUUAGAGCAUCAAACCAUUAUGAUCUGUGAGAUCCAGUUUUCCCCCACUGUGUUGUGGAAGCUUGCUGGGUGACCUCGGGCCAGUGAUGCACUCUCGUCCUAACCUACCCCCUAGGGUUGGUGUGAAGAUAAAAUAGCAGAGGAAGAUGUGAGCUGCUUUUUGGAUUUCCAUGGGGCGGGGGGAAAGUUGGGAAAUUAAAGAAGUAAAUAAAACAAAGAACUUGUUCACCUUUAGAGAUUCAUGGUUCCCAAAUGUUUCCAGGUGGAAGAACUAGCCCUCCAGUCUAUGAUUAGCGCCAGGGAAGAGAAUGUGACAGUAUCUUCAACGGCUGUGUUGGAGGAGCAUCAAAACAGUUUUCUUCUAUUCAUUCUUGGGCAGAUGGACAACGAAGCCACUAUUAAUCAAACUAAGCUGCAGCUGCAUGUCGGGGAAGAGGACGAAGAGGAGGAGGAAGAAGAAGAAUCGGACUCCUAAAAGGAGGCAGGCGGACGACCUUUGCAUCCCAGACUCAGGAAUUUCCCCGUCUCCCAUUUGUGCAAACCGUGGCUGCAGACUUUGCUUGGUGCUACAGAAACCAAACAACACUCAGAAGCUGCUGCUGGACAUUCCGGAGGUUUCCAGGGGUGCUGACAAAACCAUGGGGAGGAGUUGGGGGAGCGGGUGGUGGCUGGGAGGACCCAUUCUCAUGUAGCAUGUUUCUUUUUUUUUUUUUUAAAGACAAAACUAUUAGAGCCAAGUAGCAUCUGGGAAGCACACCAUGAAACUCACAAAGCAAUAACGUAACAACAGGUCCUCGCAGGCAUUCUGCUGCAGGCACAAAAAUAUACAAAAAGAAAUCCAAGAAUGUCUGGAUAAAGCCUGGCUGCUCUGCCAUCCGCACGCUCCAGGCAAACACAUCUAAAGGGAGGGACGUUGGGUGCAUUCUGUCCCCUGACCCCCCCCAACAAGGAACCACUGGUGGUGUAGAACGAGAUCGCUCCAUUCUUGCCAUCAGUGGCUCUUAGUAUAAAACUGGACACAGUUUAAAAGACCACCUCUAUGUUCUGAAGCGCGGUGACCGAAAUCCGUGGAUUCUUCACUGCCGGGGGGAGGGCGGAAUGGAAUGUUUUGGAACGCCGUUCCUUUUUGCCCAGGUGGCCCCGGAUUUGGGGGAUGGAUAAGCGAUACAAAUUGGAGAUCUUCUGUCAUCUGUGAGAGGGAUUUUUUUGUUGUGGCUGUGGGACGUUUGACAAGAAACUUUGUUUUGGGGAGGGGCGGGGGCUUGAUUUACCCAGCAGAAGGGUUGGGGAGCAAACCUGGAGCUGGCAGGGAGGCCUCUGAGCACCUCAGGGAGGGGGGGCAACGGGCCCUUUCUUGCCCCCUCCCAUUCUCUCCUGCAGUAGCUGUGCUUUUGGUUAACACGGGGGCUGCUCCCCUGCCUGUUUCCCCUCCGUGUCUCUCGUCCUUUCCUUUCUGCCAGCUGCAAGCAAGAAGACAAUGGAGCUUAGAGUAGAACUAGAAGGAGCCAGGCCUACCAGUGUGGUGGAACGGCUGUGGGUUCUGCUCCAGAUCCGGGGUUCUGUUUCACAGGUCGGAACGAAGGUGCUAAGGAAUGCACACACCAGCUUGCAGUGUGGUUAAAGCCCCAACUCAGGUUUGUGAGUCCCACAAGUGGCUUAAUCUGAUGUGUGGAGCCAUCCGAGGGUACUCGAACAGCCACCUGGUGGGUAUUUGUUUCUUCUUUCUGUGGUGGUGGUACCAGAAGCACAGGUGGGGAGGGGAGAGACAAUGCACAGAGCCAGGAGCGUUGAGAGGCAUUCCCUGAAGUAACCUCAUAAUAUUUAUUAGUGUAAGAUGGAAAAUGUUCAAUAUCUGAAAGAAUAAAACAAUCAAAAGGAUUUUCAAACACAAAA